UUUUCUCGAUGUAAUUUUUUAUAAUCACACGGUAUCCAGUGCCGGUAACGAUACACUUUAAUUACAAACGUUCUUUGCACAACAAUGACAUCCAGUUACAGAAAGUUACUUUACAGCAAGCUUGCACAGGUCAUCGGCAGUAAUCCGAACGCCACACGGGUAUCCUAUCACGUCUCGAAGGAAACACUAGAUCCAGAAGUACAUGUACCGGUUAACGCUGCUGCUGACCAUUUAAAUUGCCCUAAAUCACUGUCAGUAGCAUUUAGCACCGCUGAACCUCGCAUUAAUCAUGUCCGGAUAGCUAACGAAGGAAGGAGGAAAAAGUUAAUCCUACGAUUGUGUCGUAACGAAUUCAUCGAAAAUACCAUCAACGAUAUCUCCGUUGGCAAACGAAGGCACGCAGAUUCACCGAAAACGUUGAUCGAAUUCAGUUCUCCGAACAUUGCCAAACCGUUCCAUGCCGGACACUUGCGGUCGGCUAUCAUUGGGAACUUUCUCGCCAACAUCUACGACCACCUGGGCCACGAUGUGGUAAAACUUAACUACCUCGGUGAUUGGGGCACACAGUUUGGUUAUCUGAAACUUGGUGUGGACCUGAAGGGGCUUACCGAAGAGGAUAUCAAGAGGAACCCGAUCGAGAUGUUGUAUGAAGCUUACGUUUACGCGUACAAAAAGGCCACGGACGACGAGAAACUCCAGCUAAGGGCUAGGGAAAUUUUCUCGGACAUGGAACAAGGCAGGUUUUCUGAUUUGGAUGCUUGGGAUAAAUUUCGUUCGUACACAGUGGAUGAGCUGAGAAAUGUGUAUCAAAGAUUAGGAAUAUCGUUCGACCACUUCCACUGGGAAUCACAGUACGGCAUCAACGACAUUGCCCAUGUGGUGUCACUUUUGCAAAGCAACGGUUCGCUGUUCCCGCAAGACGACGGUAGAAAAAUCGUUAAGGUCGGAAAUCGUAAUGUGCCGAUAGUGAAAAGCGACGGGUCCACUUUAUACCUGACACGAGAUGUGGCCGCGUUGAUUGAUCGUUACGAGCGUUUCCAGUUCAGCAAGGCCAUAUACGUGGUGGACAAUUCACAAACUGAUCAUUUUGCAGCGCUGCUGUCCAUAGCCCAGCAGUUAGACCUACCGUACGCUUCCGACAUUAGUCACGUUAAGUUCGGACGGGUACACGGCAUGAGCACCAGGAAAGGCAAUGCUGUAUUUCUCAAGGACAUUCUGGACGAAGCCGAAAAUCUGAUGAGGCACAAACAGAUUAACAAGACCACCACCAAAAUUGAUGUUGCCGAUAAUCCAGACAUUACCGCCAUUCUCGGUACGACGGCCGUGAUUGUGAAUGAUCUGAAACAACGCCGGAUGCGAGACUACGAGUUCAACUGGGACAAAGCUCUACAGACGGACGGCGAUUGCGGCAUUAAGCUGCAGUACACUCAUUGUCGGUUAUGGAGCUUGGAGAAAAAUGCCGAUGAAUGCCUAGAUCAUGGCACCUGCAAUCCGGAGUUGCUUCCGGAAGUUGAAGCGUUAAAUCUUAUCUGCGAAUUAGCUAAUUAUGAUGCUGCACUGACGGAAGCAGCCGAAAAACAGGAAGCGUGCAUUCUCGUUAACUAUCUGUUUGGUUUAUGUAAUGCGACAAACCGAUGCAUUCAAACUCUAAAUGUGAAAAAUGAAUCGUCAAAGGAAAAACGAAUACAAAGGCUGAAAUUGUUCAACUCUUCUCGAAAAGUUCUUCAUCACGGAAUGAAACUACUUGGUUUGAAACCAUUGCAAGAAAUGUGAGAAGAAUUACUGCCCUAUGUGUUGUUCUAGUCAGGGUGGCCGGAUUAUUUUCUUUGUAGUUAAGCUGUUAGAAUUAAGCCG